AUAGGUGUGCAGCUGGUUGUUACCAUGGUGAUGGCCAGUGUCAUGCAGAAGAUUAUACCUCACUACUCUCUUGCUCGGUGGCUUCUAUGCAAUGGCAGUUUGAGGUGGUAUCAACAUCCUACCGAAGAAGAAUUAAGAAUUCUUGCAGGGAAGCAGCAAAAAGGGAAAAGCAAAAAAGAAAGGAAAUAUAAUGGCCACAUUGAAAGUAAGCCACUAACCAUUCCAAAGGACAUUGAUCUUCAUCUAGAAACAAAAUCAGUUACAGAAGUGGAUACUUUAGCAUUGCAUUACUUUCCAGAAUACCAGUGGCUGGUGGAUUUCACAGUGGCUGCUACAGUCGUGUAUCUAGUAACUGAAGUCUACUAUAGUUUUGUGAAGCCAACUCAAGAAAUGAACAUCAGCGUAGUUUGGUGCCUGCUUGUUUUGUCUUUUGCAAUCAAAGUUCUAUUUUCAUUAACUACACACUAUUUUAAAGUAGAAGAUGGUGGUGAAAGAUCAGUCUGUGUUACCUUUGGAUUUUUUUUCUUCGUUAAAGCAAUGGCAGUCUUGAUUGUAACAGAUAACUAUCUGGAAUUUGGGCUUGAAACAGGAUUUACAAAUUUUUCAGACAGUGUGAUGCAGUUUCUUGAAAAGCAAGGUUUAGAAUCUCAGAAUCCUGUUUCUAAACUUACUUUCAAAUUUUUUCUGGCUGUUUUCUGUUCACUCAUUGGGGCUUUUUUGACAUUUCCUGGAUUACGGCUGGCUCAAAUGCAUCUGGAUGCCCUGAAUUUGGCAACAGAAAAAAUUACACAAAUAUUACUUCAUAUCAACUUCUUGGCACCUUUAUUUAUGGUUCUUCUCUGGGUAAAACCAAUCACCAAAGACUACAUUAUGAAUCCACCACUGGGAAAAGAAAGUAUCCCUUUAAUGACAGAAACUACGUUUGAUACUCUGCGGCUGUGGUUGAUAAUUCUGCUGUGUGCUUUGCGUUUGGCCAUGAUGCGUAGGCACAUGCAAGCUUACUUAAACUUAGCACAGAAAUGUGUUGAUCAGCUCAAGAAGGAAGCAGGACGAAUAAGUACAGUUGAGCUACAGAAAAUGGUGGCUCGAGUCUUUUAUUACCUCUGUGUCAUUGCACUGCAAUAUGUGGCACCUCUGGUAAUGCUGCUACACACAACUCUGCUUUUGAAAACCCUAGGUAAUCAUUCUUGGGGGAUUUGUCCAGAAACUAUUUCAUCAUUGCCUUUGGAUAAUGGUCUAACCUCCAAUUCUCUUUACUCUGAAUUACCUUCUACUGAUGGGAAGAUGAAGGUAACUGUUACACAAAUAACAGUAGCACUGAGCAGCUUAAAAAACAUUUUCACUCCUCUGCUUUUCCGAGGACUUCUGUCAUUUCUGACCUGGUGGAUUGCUGCUUGCCUCUUUUCUACAAGCCUUUUUGGGCUUUUCUAUCAUCAGUAUCUGACUGUGGCAUGAACAACAAAGGAUACACAAGUCGCACUAUAAAUUCAAAUAUUUGAAGAAAACUGGGAGAAAGCAAACACAAAGGGAAAAAAAUUUUAAAGGCAUAUCAGAAUAUCAUAUUGUUUUAAAUCCUUCCUCUGUAUACUCAGGGUGAACUAAUGUUAUAAUAUUUAAAAUCACAGAACAGAUUUAACUGUUGUACUGCGGCAUUGGAAUUGUAACUCUUGAAUUGACUGAUGUGAGAGGGCUAUCUACAAGGGUCAUACAUCUAAUUUACCUUAGUUUACAGAACCCCCCAGCAGUCUUUGAAACUUCUUAUAUGACUCCAGUUAUUGAUUGACCUUAAUGGUAUUAAGUACUGUUAAUACUCAAUAAUGGUUGCCUAUAGGACAAUCUUCAAACUGAGCCAUGCUUUGGGGAAGGGAAUGGGGCAGAAGUCACUUCUGUUGGUAAUACUUUCUGUUAAAAAAAAAACACCCAACAGAAAGGAAGAAAUAGCUACUGUAUAUUACAGUAAAGAAAGCUACAUCGUUUUCAAUUUAAGGAAGAUAUACAUGUUUAAUAUCAACAGGUAUUGAUUGCUGCUUGAGAGUAGCAAGAGUAUUGUUUUAAAAGGUAUCAUAUUCAACUUGAGAGUUCUUUUUAAAUGGUUGGCCAUAUGAAUAUUUGCAAUCCUGGUUUUAGGUUUGGGCCUUCCAUAUUUUAUUUUAUUCUAUGAACCGAAAUAGUUCUUUUUAAUAACCUAAAGUAUUUAUCAGUACUGAUCAAUUUUUUUAAGAUUUUACUUUGUAAUCCUGCUGACUACUUGUAUGUAUUGUAUAUAUAUUAUAUAUUAAAUAUAUAAUAUAUUGAAAUUAUAAAAGAUGAAAAUAUUGGAUCCUUAUAAUAUUUUAAGUUGCUGAAUGUAUGUUUAUAAAAUGUGUUUGAAUGAGAUGUUUGUAUCUAGAAAUUUUCUUUGUUUUUGGAAUGAGAUUAAACUACAUUUUGAAAGUU